AUGCCCCCUCAGCUCCCCCACAAGGACUCGACGCCCUCCUGCGUCUCCGACGUUCCCCACACGACCCCCGCUCGCGACCUCUCCUUCUACGCCGCGUUACUCUUCGUCGUCCUCCCCGUGUGGUCCGUACCACCCCUGUCCUGGAUCUAUGUGCUCUGUACCCUCCACACAGGCUCCCUCUGGACGCUCUCCGGUGUCCAAAUGGCAUGGUUCGCGUGCGCGCUGGCCGAGGUCUUCUUCUCCCUAUACCACUUCAAUCUCGCCCGUUUCGUGACCGGCCCCUGCCCAAUCCCCGCCGGCGACCCCGCAGAGCUCCAAGCCGCCUUUCGCCGCGUCACAAAGGCCGGUCUCUCUUCUCUCUCAGAUGACGCCUUCGACGAAGAGACGCUGGACGUCAGUCGCCCGGGCAGCCCCGCCGAGGUCGUCGAACAGCUCGAUCGCGACGACCCCCGCGCGGUCGACUUCCGCAACUCUCUCCGAACCUGGUUCCACAAGGUCCCGUGGUCGCACAUCCGCAAGCAGGAAAUGUACCAAUGGCUCUACUGGUCCAUCUUCAACACCCACCUGCCCCCGCUCCCCACGCUCUCGCCCGCCCGCCGCGCCGUCCUCGAAGACGUCCUCUCCCUCGUCGAGAAGCGCUCGGGCACCGCCAUCCCCCCCGGCACCAACCCCACCGCGCGCCCGAUCCUGCUCACCCUCGACCCCGUCCGCGUCGCCUGGCGCCCGCUCGCUUGGUACGUUCUCGUCGCGCUCGGCAACCGCGCCCUCCGCGCCUGGUUCGUCCGCCGCCGCGGCAUGCGCCACGGCGUGAAGGACGGGAUCGAGUAUCUGCUCUACGUCCCCGACGGGUACGCGUUCGAGACGGGCGCCGCGCCCGUCGUGUUCGUGCACGGGCUCGGACUCGGGCUCGUCCAGUACCAGAUGAUCCUGUCGCGCCUCUUGUACGAGCUGCGCGACCGCCCGCUCCUCGUCCCGCUGCAACCGCACGUAAGCCAGCAGAUCUUUCACCGCGACUUUCUCGCCCCGAAAGGCCGCCAGGAGACCGCCGCGGCGCUGCGCGCGCUGCUGGUCGAGCUCGGGUGGGCGCCGGCGGACGGCGGGGCGGCGGGCGGGCGCGGUGCCAAGGCGCGCGAGGGCAGGAUCACGCUGAUGAGCCACUCGAACGGGUCGUUCGUGCACGCGUGGCUGCUCAAGGCGCACCCGGAGCUCUUCCGCCGCUCGUGCUUCGUCGACCCCGUCACGUUCUGCUCCUGGGAAGGCGACGUAUGCUACAACUUCAUCCACCGGCCCUGCUCCACCGGCCUGCACCUCCUCAUGCGCUACUUCGUCAGCACCGAGCUCGGCGUCGCGAACGUCCUCCAGCGGCGCUUCGACUGGGCGUCCAACUCGCUCUGGUACGAGGAGAUCCCGCACGCGCGCGACCCGCGCCGCACGCGCUUCUUCCUCGGCGGCAGCGACGCCAUCCUCGCCGCGCCGCGUGUCCGGCGGUACCUCGCGGCGCACGGCGUGCGCGACGGGCUGUGGUACGACCCCGCGGGCCACCAUGGGCAGGCGCUGUUCCCUGACAGCGCGGGGUACAGGGAGCUCAUCGGCUGGCUCACGGAGGCGGAGUCCGCGCCGAUGCGAGCGCGGUGA